CAUUAUCGCCCGAAGGUUGGCAGACGAUGGUUGUCAAGGGUAACUGGUUAGCCAAACAGUUGUGCUCGGUGCACUUACGGUUCAGUAGCCAGUGAUAUCUCACUAAGCUGACUCAAAGCUCAUAAAGUUCGUUGCUUGAAGAGCUAUCCUUCCCCGCUGUGAAAUCAUACUUGACGAUGCCGCGGCACAUAAUUCGGACGAAGGUAGCAGUCGUGGGUGACGCAGCCGUGGGGAAAACAGCGUUGACAAAAUCAUUCCUAAGUGAUGGAAGGGACUAUCCAAAAAAUUACGAAAUGACGUUCGGAGUUGAUUUGUCUACUAAAAUGGUGCCAAUACCAGACACAAACGACAUUGUCGAGCUCUUUAUCUACGAUUCUUCAGGGCAGCCUUAUUACGAGCAACUGCUGUCAAAAUACUGGAAUGGCGCGAACAUGUUCAUUGUGGUGCUGGACGUGACGAACCCUUCCUCGGUGCGCUCCGUACCUGCUUGGGCGGACAUGGUGCGAUCCCAGGCGGCAGUGCGCGCCGACGCUAUCCGGGGCGUGCUGGUGGCCAACAAGGUCGACCUGGAGGCGAGGCGUACGAUCAGCAGCGCCGAGGGCAGGGAACUGGCCGCAGCCCUGCAGAUGGAGUACGUCGAGUGCUCUGCGAAAGAGAACAAAGCCGUCACCGUACCCUUCGAAAUGCUGGCCUUGGACUGGCACAGAGUGUUCAUGGAGAAAGUCUCCUCAUUCCACAUGAUUUCUUGAAAUAUUCUAUUCUCCGUCGGUUGUCGUGACAGCAAAGAGGAGAGACUCCC